AGAUCGUCAUGGCCAUGUCCCGACGUAGAUAGCAUGAUCUGCACUGCCUGCGCGGGCCAGGCCGCAGCAUCGCCGUAUCUGCUGUCUCGGGUUCGCAGUCUUUUGCGAGAUGCCGCUGGUUCGAGCUGCCCAAGCUCGGGUGAACGACUCUGUUCAGGGUAGACAUAUCCUCACCGCCCUGCAUCUCCAGUCCAAAGAGCCCAUCCAUCGACAAGCCAAUGUUCCUUUCUACGCGACCCUGGUUCCUCGUCUCGUCCAGACGGGCGAUGGCCACCUCGGCGGCAGCCGAUGUGGCCGCUGCAUUCCUGUCAAAAUCCGUGCAGAAGCGCUUCGAGCCGGCCGCCAUAGCCCGACGACAACUCCGCGUCUUGCCCAAGCCCUCCGUCGCUCCUCCAAAGCGCGGCAGAACAGCCUACGCGAUCUUUGUCAGCGAGCAGUUCAAGACGAUCAACGCCCUGCCCGAGUUUCAGAGCCUGCCCACUAUCGAGCGCUCCCGGGCGACGAUCAAGAGACUGAGUGCCGUCUGGAAGUCGUAUUCCGCAGAGGACAAGAAGGUGUGUAUCAGCAGCAGCGGCCCAUGUCGUUACGAACAUAUCCAGCAGACUCCCUGUACUGGCAUCCGCAGCCGUCACUUGCGUGCCCGUCGAGCAGACGCAGGAGCGUUGGUUGGCAUCCGAUGGACGGAUGCGACAGCCGUCAAGGAUGCUGUCACUGUCAAGCACAGAUCAUGUCAUCGCUUGCUGUCAUUGUCGAUGGCGUCGCUUGCUGCAGCCGCCAAGGGUGGCUCGGCUCGACUCGGUCCAGUAUCGAGAGCCGUCGAUUCUCCAUUUUCGACGACAUUGCUCAUGUCUCUGCCCAUCCUGACUCUCUCGUCCCAUCAUCGCUGUGAUCUGCCAUUGCCAACUGGGAUAUCGCCGCUUUCAGAAAUACGAAGACCAGUCGGCUGUCGAGUCCAAGGACUACAAGGUUGCCUACAGCCAGUAUCUCGAAGCCCGCACCCCCAAGGACGUGCUGAUCGAGAAGGAGGCCGCCAAGCUCAAGCAGACCAUCAACCCUAAGCAGAGAGUCAUCGUGGCCUCGGACAUCCAUGCGCCCAAGCGGCCUUUGACCGCCUUGGUCCAGUUCACCAAAGACAUGUACAAGCUCUCCCCCGAGGAGCAGAAAAAGUUCCUGGGCGAAAGUCUGGAAAAUCGCGACCUGCUUUCCGGCAGUAAGCUGGUCCAGAGUGGCUUUAAGAGCCUGAGUCCAGCGCUGAAGGAGAAAUACCAAUCCAACUACAAGAUCCAACACGCCGAGUACAAAAAAGCUCUCGAGGCAUACAGGAAGCGCAACAACGCCGAGGAAACCCGUUCUGAGCUUCAGUCUGUCCUGGAUGCCAUCCCGGCCGAGCGCAAGACUCUC